UUCGCCCGAGCUCGCCCGCUGCCUGCCAGCCCGCGGGAGGGAGGAGAGCAUUCCAGCGUUUCCGCCUUUGGGUGCUCUGUUCCCUUCUCUCAAGUUGCCUCUGCUGCUGACAUUCCUAACGCAGACACAUUGUUUCCUUGUUAUACUUGCAAAGAAACAGAAUAACCGUCAAGCUGGCGGGAGCAAUGGUUCACAUAAAGAAAGGCGAGCUGACACAGGAAGAAAAGGAGCUGCUGGAAGUCAUUGGGAAAGGUACUGUCCAAGAAGCUGGAACACUAUUAGCCAGCAAGAAUGUUCGUGUCAACUGUUUAGAUGAGAAUGGAAUGACUCCUCUAAUGCAUGCUGCCUACAAAGGAAAAGUUGAUAUGUGUAAAUUACUCUUGCGACAUGGAGCUGAUGUAAAUUGUCAUCAACAUGAACAUGGAUACACAGCCCUCAUGUUUGCUGCACUUUCUGGUAAUAAAGACAUCACAUGGGUAAUGUUGGAAGCUGGUGCUGAGACUGAUGUUGUCAAUUCUGUAGGAAGAACAGCUGCUCAGAUGGCAGCCUUUGUGGGUCAACAUGAUUGUGUGACUAUAAUCAACAAUUUCUUUCCUCGAGAGAGACUGGAUUAUUACACUAAACCCCAGGGACUGGAUAAAGAGCCAAAACUAUCCCCAAAGUUGGCAGGUCCACUGCACAAAAUCAUCACCACUACAAAUCUUCAUCCUGUCAAGAUUGUGAUGCUCAUAAAUGAGAAUCCCCUGCUGGCAGAAGCAGCAGCCCUGAAUAAGUGCUACAAGGUGAUGGAUUUGAUUUGUGAGAAAUGUAUGAAGCAAAGAGACAUGAAUGAAGUAUUGGCUAUGAAAAUGCAUUAUAUCAGCUGUAUCUUUCAGAAAUGCAUUAAUUUUUUAAAAGACGGAGAGAAUAAACUGGACACUCUGAUCAAAAGCUUGUUAAAAGGUCGAGCAACUGAUGGCUUUCCGACCUAUCAAGAAAAGUUCAUUAGAGAAAGUAUCAGAAAAUUUCCUUACUGUGAAGCUACCCUCCUCCAACAGCUGGUGCGAAGCAUUGCUCCUGUUGAAAUUGGUUCUGAUCCCACCGCUUUCUCCGUACUUACCCAGGCCAUCACAGGUCAGGUGGGUUUUGUGGAUGUUGAAUUUUGCACAACCUGUGGAGAAAAGGGAGCAAGUAAAAGAUGCUCAGUUUGCAAAAUGGUAAUAUACUGCAAUCAAACCUGCCAGAAAACACACUGGUUUGCACAUAAAAAAGUCUGUAAGAAUCUAAAGGAUAUUUAUGAGAAGCAACAAUUGGAGGCUGCCAAAGCAAAGAGUCAAGAGGAGAACAAUGGCAAACUUGAUGUCAAUUCUAACUGUGUUAACGAAGAGCAGCCAGAGGCUGAAAUGGGCACAUCUCAAAAGGGUUCCAGUCCUAAAGAUUCUGUGGAAGAGGAGAAAGCGUCUCUUCAGAGUGAUGCUGGGUUGGGAAAGCUACAGGAUGUUCCUGCAGGUCCACAGGUAUCUGAGGAGUAAGAGUGCCAGCUCAGAUGAGCCUCACCCUGGCAGGUGGCUGGAGACUCACGUGCUCACGUCCUCAUUGCAUAGUGACACCUGCACUGCACCGUGGCGGGAUUCCACAUUUCGUACAAUAGACGCUUUCAAGAAAAGCUCACUUUGCUGUGCCCUAAUUUACGUUCUAUAAUCAGACGAAUAUUCCUAUGGAAAAAUUUUUUUUUCAAAGUAUAGGAAAAAACAUAUCUAUUCCUUUCUGAGUCCUGCUUUGCAGCAAUUGUUCUCAAAGGAAAAUAAAUCCCUUUAAGAAAUGCAGGCUCUAGGGAACAAAGGGGCAAGCAGAACAGGUGCAGGAGAGGAGACUUUGGGGAAGAAAAAUGUGAUAGCCACAGAUAUGGGUAGUUCAAAGAAUCAUAACUUACAUGUGAAUAAAAUACAUUUAAAUCUUAUUUGCAGUAACAACGUUCUACUUAUUAAGGUGCAAUGUGAUGAAGAAAAUCUACAUGUUAAAGGAUCUUUGAUGUAGUCUAGCCUAUGAUAGUUUUAUAGAGAAACUAUUCUGAGCAAUCUGAACUUGAUGUAGCUCCUACAGUGACUUUUUAUCUAUAAUAUUUGUAUCUUCAGAAAUGUCAGAUCCCUCAGAAGAAACUAAAGCAUAGCCUGGGUUAUCUCAGCAUGUGUAUUUAAAAAGAUGAGUCAUGAGAUUUUUUAAUUAAAUAAUUGCUAAGCAUACAAUUAUUAUAAAACUAAUUUGUGUGCCAUAGUCCCAUCUGAGAGGUUGUUGUCUUUCUGUAAGCUUUUCAUGUGGCUUUUCCUGUCCAGAACCUGUAUAGCUGUCAUUGAGAGAAUGCUCUAGCAUCAGUUUUUAGAGUAUGCAGAAUUUAAACAGAACUAGAGUGUGUGGUAUCUGAUGAUACUACUGUGUUUCAGAGUUUCUUGUGUUGAUUAUCAAAUAAAUUGUGCCUACUAAUAUAACGACUCAAA